GUCAUCCACAUCAACAAGCCUGUAUUUUUGGAGGCAGUUUGACAAACACUGUUCCUCAGCUGAUGCCAGCCGCUGUCUGUACAUCCAGUCAGACAUAUCACGCGUUAUUAGCGACAAACCAGCACAAAACUAGCCAGCCACAUAGCCGCCGAGGUUGUAUGACAUCGUCGAGCUGAACUUUAGGACAAGCUAGCUUGUUUUUUCUCUCAAUUUCAAGGCUGUGACAACUCAACAAGACAACAGCGUCCUCGUCUGUCGCCUGGCUCACUCUUUACACGACACAAACAAGCUACACAGCGCUUUUCCGUCGCUAGUCUGACAGCUUGCUAACAUUAGCCAACUUAUUUUCCCCAAAGAGAACAUACGCUCAAUAUUCUUCUUUUUUUCAUCUACCAAGCAAGGCUCUAUUUUGUUGUCGUCAACAAGCUUUUUAUUUUUGUUUUUGAAGAGCUGCCAAUAACUACUAAGACGCACAAUAUUCAGCCAACAAGUAGCAUUUGAAAGGCAGCAAAGCAACCACAGCGACCCAGCAGCAGAACCGUUAGUAUUAUCCUCGGCUAACAGGAGACCUUUACGAACCUCCAAGGCUUUCCUUUUUCCCCUUCAGUGACAGGCGCUGCAUUCAAGGCAUUUAACUUUUUAACAGCCUGUCGUGUGUCACGCUGCACAAGUAAACUCAACUAACAUUAUACACCUCGCCUUUUAAAGCAGUCGGUUAACACACACGCAAAGCAGCGAGGCUCUGAGCUGAGUUUGACAAGGAGAGGAAGCCAGUGCUGGGACCUGAGGCAGGUUGUGUGCAGCCACGGAAUCCCUCAUCGUAUUGUUAUAAUAUCAGUAUUAUUGAAAAUGGCGGCGAUCGGAAUGGUGCAGAUGUUGAUCGAAGCAGCCGAGUACCUUGAACGUAGGGAACGAGAAGCAGAGCACGGCUAUGCCUCCAUGCCACCUUUCAUCAGCAGUCGAGAGAGGGAAAGCUUGAAAAGGAAAAGCAAAAGCAAGAAAAAUACAAGUAGCAGGUCUACGCACAACGAAAUGGAAAAGAACAGACGGGCAAAUCUACGGCUGUGUUUAGAGAGACUGAAAUCCCUCGUUCCCUUGGGACCAGAUGCUAACAGGCACACCACGCUCAGCCUGCUGAUGAAGGCCAGAGAUCACAUCAAGAGGUUGGAGGAAGGCGACAAAAGGGCUCAGCACACUUUAGAGCAGCUACAACGAGAGCAGAGGCACCUGAGGAGGCGCCUGGAGCAGCUGGGGGUGGAGAGGACCCGCAUGGACAGCACUGGCUCCACUCUGUCGUCUUCCGAGAAGUCGGACUCUGACCAGGACCUGGACGUGGACGUGGAGGGCACAGACUACCUGCUGGGUGACCUGGAGUGGAGCACCAGCAGUGUGAGUGACUCAGGAGACGAGCGAGGCAGCCUGCGCAGCAGCUGUAGCGAUGAGGGCUACUCCAGCGCCAGCCUGCUGCGCCUGCAGGACACUCAGGAGACGGCCAAGCAGCUGGGCUGCAGCCUAUAAACAGCACUGGUCACUGAACCAGCACCCACCCACCGUCCUCCCCUCAGCCUAUCCCGUCCCAAGAUGGAGUCGUGAUUCCCUGAUCCCGCCCUCACCCUCCCUCCCUUCCUUUCCUUCCCUUCCUUCCUUCCGUCCCUGCCUCCUUUGCCACUAGGACUGACCAUGUCCAACGCCUCUCUAGCCAGGCGGCUGCGGACUCCCUCUCCCCAAAGAGGCUUCCAUUCGGACUGCAGCUCCCCUCGAUACACCGGCCCACAUUUAGUCCAUCAUCAGCGGUCAGUCUUUAGGGUGUUACUCACUCUGCUCGGCACCAAUCAAAUGAGUGGGAUUUAAAAGACACUCCACCCCCCUCCAUCUGUCAGAACCGCAACUUUCAGCCAGAGAAUGUUACCACACAAUAUCCCACUGCCUCUUUAUCUAUGCCUCAAGAGCCAUAGGAAGAACUUAACCAGAUCCAUCAUUACUUCACACACACACACCCAUGCGUGCAUACAUGAACACACACACACACACCCACCCCUUCGUCACUCCCUGUUGUCCAGUGAGACGGAGUUCUCUCUGAGGUGUGACACUGACACGAUGUGCUCACCAGUCGAUCCAUCCGUGCAUGGUGAUUUGCACUUAAAAUUUCUGCUUUUUUCUAAGCGAAACGGAGUCGUCUUUUUCUCCAACACCGUCUCUUUAAGACGUUAAGUGAGCGUUCAAAGACCUUGUCAGUUGUCCGCCCGUGCCGUGUGGUGCAGCAGAUUGUUUUCUUUUCCUUUUUUUUUUUUUGUGUGGACGCUGAAUCAAAUUGUCGGAGGCCGACAGCAAUACGUCCCCUCAGCAGCAGCAGCAGCAGCAGCCAGGUUUUUGCAGGCGAUCUGGUGACGACGCUGUAGUUUUCUGUCCACGCCUGCACUUCAGAAGUUUAACUAAGACAAAAAGA